AUGGGUAAAAGGCAAAGAACAAUUAAUAAUAAAGAUCCUAAUAAAGAAAUUAGACAAACUAUUAAAAGUCUACAAACUACUAGUCAUGUAUUAGGAUUCAGGUUAUGUGGGUGUCAGUAUUAUAAUAAGAAAACAGAUACACUCUGUUAUCGAGAUAAAUACUGGGGAAGAAAACUCACAAAAGAAAAAGUACCUCAAGCAAUAAGACAAUGGUUUUGGAAUGGAUUUGCUGUUUAUGAAGAUUUAAUUCCUUGUCUUAUGGCCAAGUUAACACUCUUCUAUCAAUGUGUAGAGAGCCUAAAACAUUACCGUUUCUGGUCCUCCUCCUUGUUAUGGGUAUAUGAUGGUGGUGUAUCUGAUCCAGAGAUCAGGAAAUCUACAUUAGAUAUAAGAAUGAUUGAUUUUGCUAAUACUAUUUAUUUACAAGAUAAUCCAUCUCCUGAUGAGGAAUAUCUAUUUGGUCUUCGUAAUUUAAUUGGAGGUCUUGAGGCACUACUUGCUAGUUGUCAAGCUGCUGCUGCACCGCCACAACCCCUUCCUGCUGCUGCUUCUGCUGCUGCUAGACCGCAGCAACAGCAACAACAACCGCAGCAACAGCAGCAACAACAGCAGCAACCAAGACAGGAAAAAGAAAAACAAAAAGAGGGAGCAACAGAUCUCACUCUGGAGUGGCAACCACCAGAAGCAACAACAACAGCAGCAGCAACAGCAGCAGCUGUAACAGCAACACCAGCAACACCAGCAACACCAGCAGCAGCACCAACAGCAGCAGCUGCUGCUGCAGCUGCAGAAAGGGGAUUGAUGUCUCCUUGGGAGGAGGAGAAGAGAGAAAGUCGUCCCCUAUCAACUUCUUCUGGUGCUGCUACACCUGUUGCGGCACCUGCUGCGGCAGCAGCAACUGCAGCAGCAGCAACAGCUGCUGCUGCUGCUGCCUCAGCAGCAGCAAAAGCUUCCCUUGUUGUCAACGCUAAUUGUCCUGUCUCCUCAUCUCCUCCAAGGGAGAUUGCAUCUGCUGCUGCAGAACAAUCUGGGGAUCGUCUCCUCCUUGGGGAUCGUCUUGGGGAUCGUCUCCUCCCUGGGGAUCGUCUCCUCCCUGGAGAUCGAUUUGGGGAUCGUCUCCGACCCCACGAUGAUGGAGACUUGCAGCGACUCAAACGAAUUGGGGAGGGAGAGGAUCGGCAGCAGCAGGUUUUUCCUGCUGUUGUUCCUGCUGCAACAAGCAGCAGCAGCAGCAGCAGCAGCAGCAGCAGCAGCAGCAGCAGCAGCGUCGGAGGUCGCCCUCAAGGAAAGGUUGCUUCGGACGAUGAAACGGAGCAGCAGCAGCAGCAGCAGCAGCAGCAGAUGAGGGAUGCAGCAGCUGCUUCCUCCGGGGAGGCACAACCGUCUAUGGCGGAGUCCCCUCCGAAGGCUUCUUCAGCACCAGCAGCAGUGCCAGCAGCGGCAGCAGCAGCACCAGCAGCAGCAGCUGCUGCAGCAGGAGUAGCAGCAGGGGUUAAAGCCGCUUCAGAAGUAAGCGGAGGGCAGACAGAGCCCGCAACAGGAGCAGCAGCAGAAGCAGCAGCAGCAACCGAAGCUCCAGCUGCAGCUGCAGCAAAAUCUGCAGAAGCAGCAGCCGCAGUGACAGCAACCGCAGCGACAGCAGCAGCAGCAGCAGCAGCGACUACCUCUCCAGUGGAGUUGGCAGUUGCUGCACCUGAGGAAGCUGCUGCUGCUGCUGCAGACCCCGAGUUGCAGCAGCAUCCUGCAGCAGCUGCUGCAGCCGCGGCAGCAGCGACAGCGGCUGCAGCAACAGCAGCAGCAGCAACAGCAGCAGCUGCAGCUACAGCAGCAGCAGCAGCACAGACGGAAGGCAGCAGACUGUCUUCUUCUGUGACAGAUGGAGGCGCAGCAGGCGGGAGGGAGGUUAGCCAUGAGCUGCUGCUGCCUCCUGCUGCUGCUGUUGCAGCAGGUGCUGCUGUUGGGGGCCAAGGGGAGCAGCAGCUUUCUUUGGACAUAUCCUCUGUUGAGUCAGCAGCAGCGGUAGCAGCAGUUGCUGCUGCUGCAGCAGUUGCUGCUGCUGCGUCUCCUGUUUGCUCCACCCCACAUGCUAUGCCCCAGUCAGGAGUUGCUGCUGCCGAGCUGCUGCUGUCUGCUGACCUUGGCGAAUCCGAAGCAGCAGCAGCAGCAGAAGCAGCAGCAGCAGAAGCAGCAGCGGCAGAAGCAGCAGCGGCAGAAGCAGCUGCUGCAGCAGAAGCAGCUGCAGCAGCUGCAGCAGCGUCUGUUUCUCCGACGUCUAAGUUGCCUCAAGAGCAGCAGAAGCGUCUGGAUGACGAGCAACAGGUCCUUCCUUUAUCGUCUGCUGCUGCAGCAGCAGCACCAGCAGCAGCUGCUUCAAUAGCAGCAGCUGCACCAGCAGCAGCACCACCAGCAGCAGAAGAGCAUUCCUCUCUUGCUGCAGAAGGGCAGCAAGUAGGAGAGCAGCAGCAGCAGCAGACUCAGAGCAUCGAAACCACCGAGCAGCAUCUGCAGCUGCAGCAGCAGCAGCAACAGCAGCAGCAGCAGCAGCAGCAGCAACGAGCACUUGGAGGCCCAUUGGAGGGACAAGAAUGCUCGGAGUCUCCAUUUGCCUUCACGGCUCUCUUUAGACGUUCGUUUUCUGCUCCAAGUUUAUGUCGGUCAAUUUCUUUAAGUCUAUUCACAGGAGGUUCAUUAGCAGCAGCAGCAGCAGCAGCAAGCAGCAGCAGCAGCAGCAGCAGUAGCAGUAGCAGCAGCAGCAGCAGCAGCAGCAGCAGUGCAUGGGAAGGACAACAUCCUCCUCUUCUUGCUGGGUUAAUGGUUCGUGUCUUGGAGGAUGCAGCAACUGUUUAUCCCCGCAGCAGCAGCAGCAGCAGCAACAGCAGCAAUAACAGCAAUAAUUGCGGAUACUGCAGCAACUGCAGCAGUAAUAAUAGCUGGGAUGGUAGUCAUAGCAUACGCAGCCGUAGCCGCAGCAACAGCAGCAGCAGCAGCAGCAGCCGCAGUUCCUCUAUAUCUGCUGUGUCUCCUAGGGAAGGGAUAGAGGCAGGAUACGAAGCAGAGGAUGAUGCAGCAGCAACAAGAGUAGCAGCAAGAAGGAGCACAAAUAACCUUAGACACAGACGAAGGGAGCAGCAGCAGCAGCAGCAGCAGCAGCAGCACUCGCAGCAGGAGUCGCAGCAGCCGCAGCCGUCGCAGCAGCAGCAGCAGCAACAGCAGCAGCAGCAGCAGCGGAAGCGGCAGCGGCAGAGGAGGCAGCAGGAAAGAGGAGUACGUAGAUCCUUCCGUUGCUGCGAGAGUCCGCAUAUUGAAUGGCAGCGUCAAGAGCAGCAGCAGCAGCAGCAGCAGCAGUUGCUGCUGCAGCAGCAGUUGCAGGAGCAGCUGCUGCUGCAGCAUUUGGAGCAACAGCAGCAGCAACAGCAGCAUACUGGAGCUGUAAGUAGAUCGCGUAAGCGUUCUUCUUCUUCCUUACCUCGUGCUGCUGCUUCGCGGCUGCUGCUGCAGGACUUUAAGAAUUGCGGCAGGCAGCAGCAGCUGCUGCUGCUGCUGCGGAGGCAGGCAGAGCUGCAUGCGAUGCAGCAGCAGCAGCAAGAGUAUAUGCUGCAUAUGCUGCGGCUUAGCAACAGAGAAUUACGUACAGCAGGGCGCCUGCGUGUUGCACCUGCUGCUGCAACAGGAGGAGGUCGAUCUACACCAGCAGCAGCAGCAGCUGCUGCUGCUGCAGCAGGAGAGGGGCCCGGGCCCCCCGGUUCCCCCAAUGCAGCAAUUAGCAGCAGGAGAAAUUACUUAAGUUUGCUGCGGUCUAAUAGAGGGAGACAACCUGGUGCAGCAGCAGCAGCAGCAGCAGCAGCAAACCUCAGCAGCAGCACAGCAAAUACACCGUCAACACGACGGCGUUUGCUGCAGCAGCAGCAGCAAGUACUCGAAAGGCAGCUGCUGCUGCAGCAGGAGGUCUGUCUAAGAUUCUUCCAGCAACAGCAGCAACAGCAACAGCAGCAGCAACAGCAGCAACAUAACCACAGUCAUUCCCACCAGCAGCAGCAGCAGCCGGAGCAGCAGCAGCCGCAGCAGCUGGAGCAGCAACAGCAGCAGCAACAGCAGCAACAGCAGCAGCAAGAUGUGGAGCUCUCGACACCCGCCGCUUGUGGAGUUGAGGGAGCAGCAGCAGCAGCAACAGAGGCAGAGAACAGCAGCCAUAGCUGA